AUAUAUAUAUAUAUAUAUAUAAACUAUGUUGAAGCUUCAAAUCCAAUCUCCGUCUUCCUUUGAAGUGCCACCAAAUUGCAAUCCAAGUCAGAAAUUUGAUCCCAAUAUAGUUUUCUAAUAAUUACAUAGGAUUUGAUUCAUGGGAGAAGACACUAAAACCAGUGUAAAGGAAAGCCAAGAAGAAGGGAGGCAAGAGAUGUGGAGAAGCAUAGAAAUUGUUGGGAGUGUGGAGAAGUGGGCGUCGACGGUGGUGGUUGGUGACGAACUUAACUUCAUUCCACCAUUGAACUUUGCUAUGGUUGACAAUGGCGUCUUCAGGUCGGGUUUCCCUCACUCUGCCAAUUUCUCUUUUCUCCAAACACUUAACCUCCGCUCCAUCAUAUAUCUGUGUCCUGAGCCGUAUCCAGAAGCCAACACCGAGUUUUUAAAAUCCAAUGAAAUCAGGCUUUUUCAGUUUGGAAUUGAAGGUUAUAAGGAGCCAUUUGUAAAUAUCCCAGAGGAUACAAUUCGUGAAGCUCUGAAUGUGGUCCUUGAUGUAAGGAAUCACCCAGUUCUGAUCCAUUGCAAUCGAGGGAAGCAUCGAACUGGGUGUGUGGUUGGAUGCUUGAGGAAAUUGCAAAGAUGGUGUUUGUCAUCUGUUUUCGAUGAAUACCAGAGGUUUGCGGCUGCAAAAGCUAGGGUUUCAGAUCAGAGGUUUAUGGAAUUGUUUGAUGUUUCUAGCGUGCCCAUCUCGUUUUCUUGCUCCAACAAGUAAGCACUUAACCGCAGAACAAUAAAAAGCCAAAUAAUAUAUUUGUAGCAAUGCUCUUGUUUGCGUUGAAUAGUGUUAUAAUUCUACUUGUUUUUGGUGGGACAUACGACGAUUAUCCAUGUUGUCUUUGAAAUUUAUUGUUGGAAAGGUGCUAUUACAUCAACAAAAGUCAAAUGGAAAGAUUUUUGAAGA